AUGGAAGAAACUCUGACCCCAAGAAAGGACGUUUCACCUUUACUAAGUCCGGACAAUAAGAGACCGCGUGAACCCAAUCAACGAGACGACAAUUGUCGGGUCAAGCCAAGACAAAACCCCCGACCGAAAACCUUUACUCCCUUGAAUACAUCAAGGUCCAACAUCCUGAUGGAGAUCAAGGACCUCAAAGAGCUUAAGUGGCCUCCUAGAAUGCGAUCAUUACCUGAAGACAGAGACAAAACCAAGUACUGUGAUUUCCACCGGGACCACGGACAUACCACUGAGGGUUGUUUGGCUCUAAAGCAACAAAUUGAGGCCCUCAUCAGGAGGGGUUUUUUCGGCUCUUACACUUGCCAUGAAAAAUGCCCGAGGAAAAAGCAGAAUAACAUACAGGAAGGGCGUAGUUGUGAACCGCCAACGGCAAGCAUUAUUAACGUUAUUAUCGGAGGAACAGCUUCAGGAGGAGACACCAACAGUGGACGUAAGAAGUAUGCUAAACAACUUCCAGUCUCUUCCAACACGGAUUUUACUCAUACGGAAGAUAUCACCUUCGGGUCCAAGGAUUUGGAAGGAAUAUCCUUCCCCCAUGAUGACGCCCUAGUCAUAUCAGCUAUCAUAGCUAACUUCGAGGUCAAGAGAAUUCUUGUGGAUAACGGAAGUGCAGCUAAUAUACUGUCUCAUGAAGCUAUAGUUCAGAUGGGUAUCUCAAUGGAACAACUCAAGCCUAUUAAAACACCCCUCCAAGGAUUUGGUGGCGGGGUCAUCACCCCUGAAGGUAUUGUUGGUUUCCCACAUAUAGUAGAGUUGGAGUCGUCCGAGGAAGCUAAACCAUGGCACGCCAAUGCUAUGUGA